AUGGUGCUGCUAGCGAAGCUGUUUGAGGCGGAUCCUGUGGGAGUUGGAAGUGGGUCCCGCCUUUCUUCAGGAAAUUCUCUCCCGUUGGGUGAUGUUCACGUUGGGGAACCAUUUAUGGUUAUAGGGUAUGGUAAUCCCAAUGGCCAGUUUCGUGAUAAUCUGACGGUGCUGCCCAUAGAGGGUGUUGUGGCGGCUCCUGUGGGAUCCAGAAGUGGGACCCGCCCUUCUACUGUCAAUUCCCAUCGGCUUGAAGAUGAUCAUGCUCCGGCUACCGAGGAGGAAGAAGUGGAAAGUCUAACUUCACCAUAUUCAUGGAGGAGGCCAGGCUGCCAGCGUACCAUUGCUGAGCUGAAGAUAAUCCUGAAGUCUCAACUUCGGCCGCUGGUAUCAGAGGUCCCAAACCAAUCGCUGGAUUUUGUCCGUAAGGGUGAUUCGCCAGCCGAUGUUGACGUCGUUGAAACAGCAACUACCAGUGCAUGGGUGUUUGAGACCCAAAGCCCAACAAUGAAUGACGUUUGUGGGCCCCUUCUGGGAAUAGGGGAUUGGAAUCCUGCUGGUGAGGAUCGUGACGAAUGGCUGGUGAUGUUCGUGGAGCAUUUUGUGGCGGAUCCUGCGGGAGCCGGAAGUUGGGCCCGACCUUCUCCUGGCAUUUCUCCCUGGCCGGUGGAUGUUCAAGUUGGGGCGCCUUUUCUGGUAACAGGGAAUUGGAAUCCUGUCGGCGAGGCUCACGACAAUUGGUGUUGCCCGCGGAAGUGUUUGCGGCGGAUCCUGUGGGAGUUGGAAGUGGGGCCUGCUUUUCUCCAAGAAAUUCUCCCCAUAUGGUGGAUAUAUCAAUGGGGUGUAUCCCAUGUGCCUCAACGCUACAUUCUUCCUCCCUCACAUCACCCAAACCUCCACCAUGUUAAGCACCCUUUCGCGAACCUUCCUAUUAUAGAUCUUGCCUCUUUAGUUCUGAAUCUUUCUCUUAGAUCUCAGAUGAUGGAUGAGAUUCGGAUUGCUUGUAAGGAAAUAGGAUUCUUUCAGGUGAUUAAUCAUGGAAUUACUCCUUCCGUCGUGAGAGAUGCCCUAGAUGCUGCGAUGGAGUUCUUUAACCUGUCCAUGGUGGAAAAAAUGCUUCAUGCAUCUGAUAAUAUUGUUCAUGAGCCAGUCAGGUAUGGGACAAGCCUAAAUCAUGUUAGGGAUGAGUUUCACUUUUGGAGGGACUUCAUGAAACAUUACUCCCAUCCUCUUUCAAAUUGGAUCCAUCUCUGGCCAUCGAAUCCUCCAAGUUACAGGGAAAAGAUGGGAAACUAUGCAAAGGCGGUGCAAGUGCUACAAAAGCAACUAAUGGAAGUUGUCCUAGAAAGCUUAGGGCUAAACCCUAAUUAUUUACAAGAUGAAGUAGAAAGUGGGUCGCAAGUACUGGCCGUAAACUAUCCGGCAUGUCCGGAGCCGGAGCUCACGUUAGGCAUGCCACCACACUCCGAUUUUGGCUCCCUAAUUUUACUUCAAACCUGUCCGGGCCUGCAAGUCAUGGAUCACCGGAACAACAACGGGCUCUCAGUUCCUCUUGUUGAAGAUGCUCUUAUAGUUAAGAUCGGUGACCAAAUGGAAGUAAUGAGCAACGGCCAAUACAAGAGUGUCGUUCAUAGAGUGACUGUCAGUUCAGAGAAGAAGAGGUUUUCAAUUGCAAGCCUUCACAGUUUGGGUUGUUUGGAGAAGAAAAUGGGGCCAGCUGAGAAGCUCGUGGACCAAGAGCAUCCAGCUUCCUACGAGGAAUUUAGCUUCAAAGAUUUUUUGGAUUACUUCUCAAACAAUGAUAUCAUGACGGGUCCAAGGUUCAUUGAUACCCUAAAGAAGAAUCAUCCAUGA